UUCAAUGAGAUUUUUUUUUCUAUUCAGUUGGCAAGAUUAUCAAUUGAUGACAUGAAUGCUGUUCAUAAUAUGAGAUAUUUGACAUUACCAGAGAGCAAAAAAACAUCUGGAGGUUUCUCACUCAAAUUUGAUGUUCAUAAGAAGAAACAUGCAGCAAGGAAAAGUCGGAGUGAUAUAGAAGAAACAUGGCAACUAUCUAGAUUUUAUCCUAUAAUUUUGGAACUCGUUGAGAAGCUUAGCAGGGGUGAUCUACCGAGGAACGAGUAUCAAUGCAUGAAUGAUCCAAGCCCUUCAUUCCAUGGAACCAUGAAUACUGGAUCAAUUCAAGCAAAUGACGGCCACCCCGCUCACUCUAUGAGGUCCAGGCGUACUGCCACAUGGGCUAGGCCUCGUAGUUCUGAUGAUGGAUAUUCUAGCGAUUCCGUUCUUAGGCAUGCCUCGAGCGAUUUCAAAAAGAUGGGCCAGCGCAUUUUUGUUUUUAUUAUUGGUGGAGCCACACGAUCUGAGCUUCGUGUAGCUCAUAAACUCACCACAAAACUUAAGAGGGAAAUUAUUCUUGGAUCAACUAGCCUUGAUGAUCCUGCACAGUUUAUUACGAAAUUGAAGUUGCUCUCUGCUGAGGAAAUUUCCCUGGAAGACAUUCAGAUCUAAUUCAUGCGUGCGUCUUCAUUACCUUUUUACUCUUGGAACCCUAAAUUUCUCAUCCUAAUUGCCCUAUCACUCUAUUUAUCUCACUUGACUAUUAUUGAUUUAGAUUAUAUAUAUCUCACAAUAUUCAUGAUUAAUUUAAUUGUAUCAUCCGGUUAGAAGUCUCCAUGAUGUAGAUAAUGGCUUGCAUGACUUAAACCUGUAAAUAGUAAGUACAUACAUGUAAAUGAACGGUGGCACCAAGUGUAGACUAGCUGUCUAGGUACAUAAUUAAAUCAUUAUCUGCAUUUUUUGUUACUUGUUAUGUCAACUUAGUGUGAAAAAUAUUUUUAUUAUAUCAGGUUCCCCUAAGUUAUGCAGCAUA